AUGGCUUAUACACUAACAGCUUGUGAUGAUGGUUCAGGAAAAACUGUGGGAACUAUAGUAAGAUUUGAUUCAGUUACUCUUUUAAUUGAUCCUGCUUGGAAUUCCUCUACUUUAUCAUAUUCACAAUGUGUAAAAUAUUGGUCCAAUAUUAUUUCAGAAGUUGAUAUUAUCCUUUUGUCACAACCGAAUGUAGACUUUCUAGGUGCAUAUUCUCUACUAUAUUAUAAUUUUUUAUCACAUUUUAUUUCAAGAAUUGAAGUUUAUUCUACAUUACCAAUUGCUAAUAUUGGUAGAGUUUCAACCAUUGAUUUAUAUGCUUCAAAGGGGAUCUUAGGCCCAUAUGAAACUUCACAGUUAGAAUUAGAAGAUAUUGAAAAAUCUUUUGAUCACAUUACUUCUAUAAAAUAUUCUCAGCUGGUGGACUUAAGAGCACGUUAUGAUGGUCUUUCGUUUGUAGCAUAUAGUUCUGGUGUUAAUCCAGGUGGUACCAUUUGGAAUAUUACAUCCAAUUCAGAGAAAAUAUUAUACACUCCACAAUGGAAUCAUACUAAAGAUACUAUUCUCCCAGGCUCUGGCCUUAUUGAUACUAAUGGUAAACCUUUGUCUACAGUGAUGAAACCAUCGGCCAUUAUUACCAAUUUUGAAAAAUUUGGUUCAAUUACACCAUAUAGAAAGAGAAGUCAUCAAUUUAGAGAUUUCUUGAAAGAAAGAUUGAAAUCUCAUCAUUCUAUUAUGAUACCUGUUGAUUUAGGGGGAAAAUUACUGGAUCUUCUUGUACAAAUUAAUGAUUUUUUCUAUGAAAAUUCAAUGGAAAAGAGAUUUCAUAAUAUACCCAUUUUUAUUAUCGCAUAUUCUCGUGGUAGGAUACUAACCUAUGCUCGAUCAAUGCUAGAAUGGUUAUCAGCGUCAAUUCUACAAACAUGGUCUAGGAGAGACAAUCUUUCUCCUUUUGACUUUAAAAAUAAAGUUGAAGUUAUUUCUCCAGACCAAUUAUCAAAACAUAAGGGUCAAAAAAUUUGUUUCGUUUCAGAUGUUGAUAUACUAAUAGAUGAAGUAAUUUCAAAAAUUUGUACGGAUGAUAAAAUGACUAUUCUUUUGACAAAUACUGGCCCUAGUGAAGAACCUGUUUUAAAUUCGUUAAACAAAUACUGGUUAAAAUCAAAUUCCAAUGAUGGCCGUAUAGUUCAUUGUAAUUAUAAUAUGACUGUGAAAAAAGUCAAUAAAAGGUCUUUGAAAGGCAAAGAUUUAGAAAGUUAUACUGAAAAAAUACAAACAAGAAGAGAACAAAGGAAAAGUUUAGAACUACAGCUACGAAAGGAGGCUAAAAUGAACAAUAAAUCUUUAAAUUUAGUUGUUGGAAGUGCCUCAAAAGAGGGUAGCAGUUCAUUGGGUGCAACUGAAGGACGUAUUAGAGGUGAGGAAGAAGAAGAAGACGAUGAUGAAGAUGACGAUGAAGAUAAUUUAAUAAAUAUGCUGGGAGGAGGAACUAAAUUAUCAGCUACCAAAAAAGAUAUACCAAUAGAUAUCAUUGUACAAUCAGAUGCUGCUUCUAAACAUAGUAUGUUUCCAUUUACAAACAGUAGAAUAAAGAAAGAUGAUUACGGGACAAUCUCUAAUUUUGAUAUGCUUAUUCCUAAGGAAGAGUCUAAUACUGAACAGACUCUCUCUGAACAAAAUAUAAAACGUGCUACUGCCAGUAAAAACUCCAACGAUGAAGAAGAUGGUUAUUAUGUUGAAGAUCCAAGUAAUACAUCGAAUUCUAAGAAAAGAAAACUAAACCGAAAAAAUGAAGUUAUUGAAGAAGGGUUUAUCAACAUUGAUAAUAUUGAUUACUUGAAGAGCAAUUAUAACCCACAAAAAAUUUCUACAAAAUCUACAAAUAUUCAACUUAAAUGUUUCCUGACGUUUAUUAACUUAAAUAGUUUAGUAGACAAGAGAUCAACUACAAUUAUAUUACCUAAUCUUAAGCCAAGAAACUUAAUAUUGCUUGGCUCAGAUAAAUCCCAAGAUCAAAAUAUAAAAGACGUGUUCUUAAAGAGAAAAAUACCAAUUGCAGAAAUGAAGCCAAACAAACCUCUAGAAUUUAACACCACAGUUAAAAUGUUAGAUAUAUCCAUUGAUCCUGAGUUAGAAAGCCUUCUUAAUUGGCAAAAAAUCAGUGAUGAUAAUACUAUUGCACACCUAUUGGGUCGUUUGGUGAAAGAAGUACCAUCUCCAAAUACAGAUGACAAGAAAGACCGUUUAUAUGAAAGAACAAAAUACGUCCUGAAACCAUUGAAUGACAAUAGAUCAUCACUCCUUCAAGCUGGCUCUUCACUUGCCAUUGGUGAUAUACGUUUGACUGAGAUCAAGAGAAAGCUGGCAUUAGCCAAACACAAAGCUGAAUUUCGGGGCGAAGGUAUUCUAGUAGUUGAUGGUAGAGUAGUUGUUAGAAAAGUAAAUGACGGUGAAACAGUGGUGGAUGGUACACCAUCUGCAUUAUAUGAUCUGGUAAAACAACUUGUAACCGAUAUGCUUGCAACCAUAUAA